AUGAGGCGGCUGCGGCGCUGGGCGUUCGCGGCGCUGCUGCUGCUGCUGCUGCCGCGGCUCCCCCCGCCCGGUCUUGGGACCCGGGGUCCCUUCGGAGCUCUGCGCUGGCGGGUCUCACCCCAGUUGGGGCAACCGGGAGCCCCUGAGGUCACAGAGCCCAGCCGUCUGGUGGGAGAGAGCUCCGGGGGAGAGGUCCGAAAGCAGCAGUUGGACACCAGGGUCCGCCAGGAGCCACCAGGGGGCCCGCCCGUCCACCUGGCCCAAGUGAGUUUCGUCAUCCCGGCCUUCAACACAAACUUCACUCUGGACCUGGAGCUGAACCAUCACCUCCUCUCCUCGCAAUAUGUGGAACGUCAUUUUAGCCGGGAGGGGACAACCCAGCACAACACCGGGGCCGGGGACCACUGCUACUACCAGGGGAAGCUCCGAGGGAACCCCCACUCCUUUGCCGCCCUCUCCACCUGCCAGGGGCUGCAUGGGGUCUUCUCUGAUGGGAACUUCACCUACAUCGUGGAGCCCCGUGAGAUGGCCAGGUCUCAGGAACCCCCCCAGGGACCCCUUCCCCACCUCAUUUACCGGACCCCUCUCCUCCCAGCCCCUCUCGGAUGCAGGGAACCAGGAUGCCUAUUUGCUGCCCCUGCUCAUUCUGUUCCUGUGAACCGGCCGAGGCUGAGAAGGAAAAGGCAGGUCCGCCGGGGCCACCCUACUGUGCACAGUGAGACCAAGUAUGUGGAGCUGAUUGUGGUCAACGACCACCAGCUGUUUGAGCAGAUGCGCCAGUCGGUGGUCCUCACCAGCAACUUUGCCAAGUCCGUUGUGAACCUGGCAGAUGUGAUGUACAAGGAGCAGCUCAAUACCCGCAUCGUGCUGGUUGCCAUGGAAACGUGGGCAGAUGGGGACAAGAUCCAGGUGCAGGAUGACCUCCUGGAGACCCUAGCCCGGCUCAUGGUCUAUCGGCGGGAGGGCCUCCCUGAGCCCAGUGAUGCCACCCAUCUCUUCUCGGGCAGGACUUUCCAGAGCGCCAGUAGCGGGGCUGCCUACGUGGGGGGCAUCUGCUCCCUGUCCAGGGGUGGGGGUGUGAAUGAGUAUGACAACAUGGGCGCCAUGGCGGUGACCUUGGCCCAGACGCUGGGGCAGAACCUGGGCAUGAUGUGGAAUAAACACCGGAGCUCAGCAGGGGACUGCAAAUGUCCGGACAACUGGCUGGGCUGCAUCAUGGAAGACACAGGGUUCUACCUGCCUCGCAAGUUUUCGCGCUGCAGCAUCGACGAGUACAACCAGUUUCUGCAGGAGGGAGGCGGGAGCUGCCUCUUCAACAAGCCCCUCAAGCUCUUGGACCCGCCUGAGUGCGGGAACGGCUUCGUGGAGGCGGGGGAGGAGUGCGACUGUGGCUCGGUGCAGGAGUGCAGCCGGGCGGGCGGGAACUGCUGCAAGAAAUGCACCCUGACUCACGACGCCAUGUGCAGCGACGGACUCUGCUGUCGGCGCUGCAAGUACGAGCCGCGGGGUGUGUCCUGUCGAGAGGCCGUGAACGAGUGCGACAUCGCGGAGACCUGCACCGGGGAUUCCAGCCAGUGUCCCCCUAACUUGCACAAGCUGGACGGUUACUACUGCGAUCAUGAACAGGGCCGCUGCUAUGGAGGUCGCUGCAAAACCCGGGAUCGGCAGUGCCAAGCCCUUUGGGGCCAUGCGGCUGCCGAUCGCUUCUGCUAUGAGAAGCUGAACGUGGAGGGGACAGAGCGUGGGAACUGUGGGCGCAAGGGGUCAGGGUGGAUCCAGUGCAAUAAACAGGAUGUGCUCUGUGGCUUCCUCCUCUGCGUCAACAUCUCUGGAGCUCCUCGGCUGGGGGACCUAGGGGGAGACAUCAACAGUGUUACCUUCUACCACCAGGGCAAGGAGCUGGACUGCAGGGGGGGCCACGUACAGCUGGCUGAUGGCUCCGACCUGAGUUACGUGGAAGAUGGCACAGCCUGCGGGCCCAACAUGCUGUGCCUGGAUCAUCGGUGCCUGCCAGCCUCGGCCUUCAACUUCAGCACCUGCCCUGGCAGCGGGGAACGCAGGAUCUGCUCCCACCACGGGGUCUGCAGCAACGAAGGCAAGUGCAUCUGUCAGCCAGAUUGGACAGGCAAAGACUGCAGCAUUCACAACCCCCUGCCCACGUCCCCCCCGACAGGGGAGACAGAGAGAUACAAGGGUCCCAGCGGCACCAACAUCAUCAUCGGCUCCAUCGCAGGGGCUGUCCUGGUCGCAGCCAUCGUCCUGGGAGGCACGGGCUGGGGAUUUAAAAACAUCCGCCGUGGAAGGUCCGGAGGGGCCUAAGUGCCACCCCCCUCCCUCCGAGCCUGGCGCCCACCGUCUCCGCCCUGAACCACGAGGCUGCCCCCUGCCCAGCCAUGGAGGGAGGCACCAUGCAAAUGUCUUCCGGGCCCAAGCCCUUCAACUCCUGGCCCCACGGUGUGGGGCGGGGGGAGGAUGUUUUGGGGGG